AAUGCAGGGAGGCGGGAAGGAGGCGGGCCCUUUUUCUCGCAGUGCGCGCUGGUGCUGCUGCGUUUGUCCAUCCGUCCGCCCCGCAGGUGCCCUCCGUCCUGUUCCGCCCCGUCCGCGCGGCUCCUGCGACUGACGUGACUUGAGGGGGAGAAAAGGUGAUACCGACGACGACCGCGUUAGGUGGUGAGCGGCGGCCAGCAGACAAGAUGGAGGACAGCAGCAUGGACAUGGACAACAUGGGCUCCCUCAGGCCGCAGACCUUCCUCUUCGGUUGUGAACUAAAGGCAGACAAGGAGUAUCAUUUCAAGGUGAAUGAUGAAGAAAAUGAUCAUCAGCUCUCUUUAAGAACGGUUAGCUUAGGGGCUGGUGCUAAAGAUGAGUUGCAUGUUGUUGAAGCAGAAGCAUUGGACUACGAAGGCAAGCAGAUUACUGUCACUCUGGCAUCCUUGAAGAUGUCAGUGCAGCCUACGGUUUCAUUAGGUGGCUUUGAAAUCACACCACCAGUAAUUCUGAGGUUGAAGAGUGGCUCAGGACCAGUUUAUGUCAGUGGUCAACAUCUCGUAGCUUUAGAAGAAGAACCAGAAUCUUCUGAAGAUGAAGAUGAUGAUGAUGAUAAGGUACUACACAACACAGCAAAAAGGCCUGCAGGUGUGACAUUGGCUAAAGUUCCACAGAAAAAAGUAAAGCUGACAGAGGAUGACGAUGAUGAUGAAGACGACGAAGAUGAUGAUGAUGAUGACGAUGACGACAUGGAUGAUGAUGAGGAGGAAGAGAAGACUCCAGCAAAAAAACCUGCCCGAGAUUCUUCUGCAAAGAACACACCAAAAUCAAACCAGAAUGGGAAAGAUUCCAAGCUGGGAACACCCAAGUCAAAAACUCCGGAGUCUCAUAAAGAGAAGAAACCACAGAGUCCAAAAACACCAAAAACCUUCACCGUAGAUGAGAUGAAAGCAAAAAUGCAGGCAAGCGUACAAAAGGGAACUAGUUUGCCUAAGGUGGAGGCCAAGUUUGUGAAUUACAUUAAGAAUUGUUUCAGGACAGAGGACCAGAAGGUUAUUCAAGCACUCUGGCAGUGGAGGCAGACUCUGUGAGCAAGAAGUUAACAAAUGACUCCUUUCAAAGUUUCAGUUCUGUGUGUAUAACCAUUAAUAUCUGGCUGUCCUUUUUAUAAAUGCUAAAGCUUUCCCUACAGAGUCUUGAUUAAUGUCCAGAAUGUUUUGCCAAGAAUGUGUUGUCCAAAAUGCCUGUACGGUUUUUAAGACCAGGACUCCACCCUUUUAAUUUCAAAUAUGUAUGGAAUGUUUUGAUAAUGCAUAGUAGUGGUGGUCAAAAAUGGAAAUGGGGAAACUUAAAUGUAAAUGUGAAAAUAAAGUUUAGUAUUUUAAGUA